CACGCUUCCCUCUAUUUAUUUAUCCCUCACAUAUUUUCUUUCUCCACCCAAUCACAAUCUCUCAAGUUGAGUCUUUGUGUUUGUGCUUUGCUUUCAUUCAUCUCAGAACUGGAUUCACAGAAUCUCAGAACCAUGGCUGAUGCUAACGGUAACGCCAUUGAGGCCAACGUGGUGGAAACAAAAGAUGGAACCAUUUCUGUGGCUUCUGCUUUUGCUGCGCAUCAAGAAGUUGUACAGGAUAGAGAUCACAAGUUCUUAACACUAGCAGUUCAAGAAGCUUAUAAGGGAGUUGACUGCGGAGAUGGAGGGCCAUUUGGUGCUGUUAUUGUUUGCAAUGAUGAAGUAGUUGUCAGCUGUCACAACAUGGUUCUGACACACACUGAUCCAACUGCACAUGCAGAGGUUACUGCCGUAAGAGAGGCCUGUAAGAAGCUGAAUCAGAUAGAGCUGUCAGACUGUGAAAUAUAUGCAUCUUGUGAGCCAUGUCCAAUGUGUUUCGGUGCUAUUCAUCUUUCAAGACUUAAGAGGUUGGUUUAUGGAGCCAAAGCUGAAGCAGCUAUUGCAAUUGGGUUCGAUGAUUUCAUUGCUGAUGCUUUGAGAGGCACUGCAGUUUAUCAGAAGGCUCACAUGGAGAUUAAGAAAGCUGAUGGCAACGGUGCACUCCUUGCUGAACAAGUAUUUGAGAAAACAAAGGCCAAGUUUUCCAUGUAUUGAUCUUUCAUUAUAACCUUUGAUUGUGAAAAUUUCACAAUAAUUGGUCUAAAACUCAAUUCUCUGAUUACAAGACAUUGCCCGUACAGAUUCAGUUAAAAAAAAAAUUUGGUGAUUCAGUACAGUUGCAUCAAUAAUGGAUUUUCAUUACAUUGUUA